AUGUCCUGGAAUCAUCUGAAAGGGCACGACGAGGACCACGCGACAAACUCUGGAAUCAGAAUCAACGGCAGAAAUCUAACGCAUCUAAGAUUUGCAGAUGAUAUUGUCCUAGCGGCAAAUCAUCCAAAUACUGCCAGCGAGAUGAUCCAGGAACUAGUGGAAAGGUGUGCAAAAGUAGGUCUCCAAAUCAAUACUAACAAAACCAAAGUGUUGCGAAACACAUUUGCCACCGACCAUCCGGUCUGCAUCAAAAGUGGAGCAACCACCACCACCGCCAUCGACGAUGUCAACGAGUACAUCUACUUAGGUAGACUACUCAACACACGCAACGAGUUGGAGCCGGAGCUCCAUAGAAGACGACGAGCAGCGUGGGCGGCAUUUAACGGAAUCAAGAACACCACGGUUGCCCUCACCUGCCCCAAAAUCCGUGCCAGACUCUUCGACUCGAUCGUCCUCCCGGCGCUCGCCUAUGGCUCAGAAACCUGGACCUUUACGAAAGCCCUGGCUGAAAGAGUGCGAGUAACCCACGCGUCAUUGGAAAGGAGACUCGUCGGACUGUCGCUCUCCCAGCAAAGAGAGAGAAAUCUCCAUCGAGAAGACAUCCGACGCCUAUCCGGCGUCCGCGACCCUCUACUCCACAUCAAAAAGAGGAAGUUAGGCUGGGCCGGACACGUGGCACGAAGGACAGACAACCGGUGGACCACUCUGACGCAAGAAUGGAUCCCAAGAGACACAAAGCGACCGGUCGGCAGACCGCCGAUGAGAUGGAUCGACGCCCUCAACAAAGAAGUCACCAUCCGACAAGGAAACCGAGUGGUACCAUGGAGCACCAUUGGCAAAGAUCGGAAGGCGUGGUGUGCUGUGAUCUGCGCCCACACAACGUGA